AUUUGACGACAAAUUAUCGUUUGACUAUUGUUUGAGUGAUUGUGUGACUGAAGAUGUCUUUGAAUCAGACCAACGAUCAGACCGAAGAGGACGCGACUGAACUGCAGUUCCCCAAAGAGUUUGAGAAGGCGGAGACACUACUGAUCUCAGAGGUGGACAUGUUGUUAGAGCACCGGAAGGCACAGAACGAGUCGGCAGAGGAGGAACAGGAGCUGUCGGAGGUGUUUAUGAAGACGCUGUCCUAUUGUCAGCGAUUCAGUCGCUAUAAGAAUCGCGAGACCAUCGCAGCCGUGAGGAGUCUGUUGACGCAGAAGAAGCUCCAUAAGUAUGAGUUGUCUCAGUUGGCUAACCUUUGCCCCGAAACGCCCGAUGAGGCCAAGGCUCUCAUUCCCAGUCUCGAGGGCCGCUUUCAAGACGAGGAACUGAGACAUAUUCUGGACGACAUUCAGACUCAAAGAAGUCUUCAGUACUAACAGAGGCGGCGGUGCUUCACAACCAACUCAUCAAUGCUUUCCUUAUAUUU